UGGACAUACUGCAAUUCAUCGACUGUGAGUUAUGCCAGACCUCACUCAUGCUACAAUGUGUAUUGCCGAUCAGGAGCACCUAUAGCAUCUUACGCUCGUGGCGGUGCUCUCACAUCUCCGCCACCACCAUCUACAAUGGCACCUACCUAUGCAGGACCUUCAGUGCGACGCCACGUUCGCCUGCUAAAGCCGCAUUGAAGGGAGCCCUUGAGGAUCGCAUCGCUAAGAUUCCCAUCGAACGGUUUCGCAAUUUUUGCAUUGUCGCACAUGUCGAUCAUGGGAAGAGUACUCUCAGUGAUCGACUCCUGGAGCUUACUGGAACCAUUAAGGCAGGGGGCAACAAGCAGAUCCUGGACAAGCUCGACGUAGAAAGAGAACGAGGAAUUACUGUCAAAGCGCAAACAUGCUCUAUGUUGUAUAAUUACAAAGGCGAAGACUAUCUUCUACAUUUAGUGGACACUCCGGGACACGUCGACUUCAGAGCUGAGGUCAGCAGAAGUUAUGCCAGUUGUGGUGGAGCAAUCCUCCUUGUGGAUGCCUCACAGGGUGUGCAAGCACAGACAGUCUCCAACUUCUACCUUGCUUUUGCGCAGAAUCUCACUCUUGUGCCCGUUUUGAACAAGGUCGAUCUGCCGUCCUCAGACCCAGAACGCACUCUCAAUCAACUGCGCGAUACUUUCGAGCUGGAUGCAACUGACGCAAUCAGGGUAUCUGCAAAGACGGGACUCAAUGUCGCCAAGCUUCUGCCGGAGAUUGUGGAAAAGAUACCUGCCCCUGUGGGUGAUGAGAAUGCCCCUCUCCGGCUGCUGCUGGUCGACAGCUGGUAUGACAACUACAAAGGUGUGAUUCUGCUGGUCCGAAUCUUUGAAGGUACACUCCGGCCUGGCGAUCGCAUUGUCUCAUUUGCAACAGAUCUUGAAUACAUCGUCGGGGAGGUUGGAAUCAUGUACCCACUCGACACCCAACAAACUUGCCUAAGAGCUGGCCAGGUUGGCUAUGUAUUUUUCAAUCCCGGAAUGAAACGCAGCAAAGAAGCCAAGAUUGGUGACACAUUCACCACGGUCGGCAGCAGGCACAAGGUCGAGGCUCUCCCUGGCUUCGAGGAGCCUAAGAGUAUGGUAUAUGUCGCAGCAUUUCCCACGGAUCAGGGUGACUACACGCAUCUGGAGGACUCUAUCAACCAAGUCACGCUCAACGAUAGAUCUGUGACGGUCACGAAAGAGAGCAGCGAUGCCCUUGGUGCGGGUUGGCGUCUAGGCUUCUUGGGCACUCUGCACUGCUCGGUUUUUGAGGAUCGGCUUCGACAAGAACACGGUGCGAGUAUCAUUAUCACUCCACCUAGUGUGCCAUUCAAGGUCAUAUAUAAGAAGGACGGUCGCGAGCAGAUCAUAAGCAAUCCCAACGAUUUUCCAGAAGGACAAGACGUCACCACAGGUGUGGAUCACUUUGAAGAGCCAUACAUCACUGCAACCAUCACUCUGCCGGAGGAGUACUUGGGCAAAGUCAUCGAGCUGUGCGAAUCUCAUCGGGGACAGCAAGAGUCGAUAAGCUUCUUCACUGCUACUCAAGUCAUUCUGAAAUAUCUCAUUCCCUUGGAAAGACUGGUAGACGACUUCUUUGGCAAACUCAAGGGCGCGACAAAAGGAUAUGCCUCACUUGAUUAUGAAGAUGCUGGUUAUCGGCAAGCAAACGUCAUCAAGCUCCAGCUCCAUGUCAAUAAAGUCCCGGUGGACGCCGUCGCACGUGUGAUCCAUUAUUCGGACGCCGAGCGUAUUGGCAAGCAAUGGGUCACCAAGUUCAAAGAGCAUGUUGAUCGUCAAAUGUUCGAGGUUGUCAUCCAAGCCGUUGCUGGCAAACGCAUCGUGGCGCGUGAAACGCUCAAAGCCUUCCGGAAAGAUGUCUUGCAGAAGCUCCAUGCGGCGGACAUCAGCAGACGCCGGAAGCUACUCGAAAAGCAAAAGGAGGGCAAGAAGCGCAUGAGAGCUGUGGGCAACGUUACGAUCGACAACAAAGCUUUCCAGAGCUUCCUUGCUAAGUGAUCCCGAUCCUGCACAAACUUCCUAUUCUUGUUUCAUGUUUCCAUUCCCGAUGGCUCAAAAAUGUUAAUCAUAUCUGUACAUUUCCAAAUAUCUCAUGUCCGUCCGUGAAGCUUACCAAGCCCUGUUCAAGCGGGUCAUGGAUCAGCGUGCAUCGCCGUAGAUCUGCUCCUUCAUGUCUUUGCGAUCAUGCCUCGUUGCGCGUUCAUCUUCUUGCUGAUAGACGCUUAACUGACCAUAACGA